UUUAGAACAAAAGAUUUUAUGAUGCAAGUGGUGCACCUUCAUUCUUCACUGGUCACUUAUUACAUCUAAUUUCUCUCAAAAUUAUUGGUUGCCCUUUCGUUUUGCCUUCUUCGUUAUUGCCAAACACCAUAUCAUAUCAUAGUUCGAUGUUCAGUGAGUUUGAUGAAGCCAACGAUGAAAGAUUCACGUGCAUCAUAAUUAGACCCAAGUGUGAUGAUAUUAAUAUUUUCAAAUGUAAGUAAGAAAUUCCUACUUCUGUCCAUUACUUGUCUUAGUCCUUGUCUUAGUCUAAACUGUAAAGGAUUUAUGUGAUGAAUUCUAAAAUGUAAGGGAAGGUAUUAGAAUCGGGAAACCCUAGGGACGUCUCUGAUAAAUUCCCAAAAGUAGAAUCUCCGAGCUGAGUCAAAAUAGUCAAACUCAAGCCGCAAAAUCCGAAAACUCCGCAACCCACCAAAGUCAAAAUGUUAUCUACCUUCUUCAACUCCGAAACACACAAAAUCUGAGCAUUAACACAAACACCAUGGAGAUCUCUUCUUCUUUGACUCUCCCUCUCUCUUCUUCAACAAGACCUUUACCGCCGCCUUCUCUUCCCAUCUCUUCUUCUCACUCCACUUUCUUCACCACCGGUCCUCCUUUCAGCAGAACUAACUUCAAAACUAGUUCCUUGGUUCUGAAUCAACGGAGAGCAAAAACUCAAAACCCCAAGAAGGGUUUUUCUUGCAAUGCUAUUUUUGGUCUUGGUGUGCCUGAACUCGUAGUUAUUGCUGGAGUCGCUGCUUUGGUAUUUGGUCCCAAGAAGUUGCCUGAAGUGGGCAGGAGUAUUGGCAAGACCGUCAAGAGCUUCCAACAGGCUGCGAAGGAGUUUGAGUCGGAGCUUAAAAAGAAUCCUGAUUCUGAAACAGACCCGCCUGCGGAGAAUCCUACAGCAGUCAGUGUAGAUGAGAAACAAGACGACAAGGUCCCAAGCUCAAAGGAAAGUGUAUGAGAUUAGAAUUUUUUGUUUAGUUGGUAAACUUUAUAAACCUUCCAUUGUUGUAUUGAUGAGUUUAGAACAAGCAAAGUUCAUUUAUGAAAAAAUAAAUUAUAUCAGUUAUGUGAGGCGUUGGUUGAUUUUCAUUUUUAGGAGGCCUUGUUCAAGAAAUUGGAAGACUAGUUUAGCAUUAACUUUAGAUGAAAUUUAUUUCUCUUGAUGUGUUAAUUGUAAACUCUUUAGUUCUUUAAAUUCUGUAUCCACAAACCAAGCUGGCUUAGAAGCAUUUAGCUUCUCAAAGAUUGUAGGGUUCGACAGGACUUAUUUCAAAUUUGAA